GGUAAACACGAGAGCUUCUCACUCUCACCUCUCGCCUGUCCCUGCCAUCUGCCUCGCCUCUCUCAGUUUCAACCAGCCCCUCACAACCUCCACUCACUGCAGCUGUCACCCCCACACGUCUCCCUCACAACUGCUGUUUACUUCUUUACUACUGUUUACCUCCAAAAUGAGCAGCAAGAGAGUUUUCGUGGUUGGCGUGGGAAUGACCAAGUUUGAGAAGCCUGGGAGACGCAAGGACUUCUCGUACCCGGCUAUGGUGAAGGAAGCAGUCGGGAAAGCCCUCAAGGAUGCCAAGGUGUCGUACAGUGAAGUGGAGCAAGCAACAGUUGGCUAUGUGUAUGGAGACUCCACUUGUGGUCAGCGUGCCCUCUACGAAGUGGGCAUGACAGGCAUCCCUAUCUACAAUGUGAACAACAACUGCUCCACUGGCUCCACGGCUCUGUACAUGGCUCGUAACCUCAUCCAGGGAGGGCUGGCCAAGUGUGUGCUGGCCCUGGGCUUUGAGAAGAUGGAGCGAGGCUCCCUCACCUCCAAGUACAAUGACCGAGAGAACCCGAUAGAGAAGCAUGUGAUGGCUCUGAGUGAGGUGGCGGAGCUGGAGGCAGCUCCAAUGGCUCCCCAGCUGUUCGGCAAUGCUGGUGUGGAGCACAUGAAUAAGUACGGCACCACUCCACUCCACCUGGCCAAGAUUGCUCACAAGAACCACCGGCACUCCACCAACAAUCCGUAUUCUCAGUUCCAGGAAGAAUAUAGCUUGGAACAGAUCAUCAACUCCCCCAAAGUGGUGGGGCCACUGACCAAGCUGCAGUGCUGCCCCACCUCUGAUGGGGCAGGAGCAGCAGUGCUGGCCAGCGAGGACUUUGUCAUUGCUCAUGGCCUCCAGAACCAAGCGGUGGAGAUCGUGGCCAUGGAAAUGACCACUGACUUUGAUUCCACUUUCAAUGAUCAAAGUGCAAUGAAGAUUGUUGGAUAUGACAUGACCAAGGCAGCAGCAAAUCAAGUCUUCACAGCAGCUGGACUGACCCCUGCAGAUGUGGACGUGGUGGAGCUGCAUGACUGCUUCUCAGCUAAUGAGCUCAUCACUUAUGAGGCUCUUGGACUGUGUGGGGAGGGAGAGGCCGGCCACUUCAUUGACUCUGGAAACAACACGUAUGGAGGGAAGUAUGUAGUGAACCCCUCUGGAGGACUCAUCUCCAAGGGCCAUCCUCUCGGAGCCACAGGUCUUGCUCAGUGUAGUGAGUUGUGUUGGCAGCUGCGAGGAGAAGCAGGCAAGCGACAGGUUCCAGGAGCAAAAAUUGCCCUACAACACAACCUAGGCUUGGGGUGGAGCAGCUGUUGGUCACUCUGUACAGAAUGGGCUUCAGAGGCCACAUCAUCUGAAGACUUCAAAAGUGCUGCAAUCUUUUCGGCAAUUGAGAAAGCCCUGAAGGAAGAUGGACCCGCCCUUGUUGGGAAGGUGAAGGGUGUGUACUGCUUCCAAGUGAAAGGUGGACCAGGAGGCCGUGAGGGAAAGUGGAUUGUGGACGCCAAGAAUGGUUCAGGAUCAGUGACCUAUAAUGGCACAGGGAAGCCUGAUGUGACAAUUACCAUGAGUGAUGGAGAUCUUGUGGACCUGAUGGAGGGCAAGCUGAAUGCCCAGAAGGCUUUCUUCCAAGGCAAGCUGAAGAUCAGAGGCAACAUGGGUCUGGCCAUGAAGCUCCAGGAGUUCCAGAAGCAGGCAGGACAGCUUCGAUCAAAGCUGUAACCCAUUAUGGGAUUAAUUUCUCAGUGGCGGGUCCAGGGGUGUUGCCCUAGUUACCAGGGCAACACCAAUUUUCUGAGCAUUUUUUUAUAAUUUUUAUUGUAAAAUUGGUUCUGGAUUAGUAAGAUGAACAUUUCAUGAUCUGUGAGAUGAGAGGACCUGAGACUUCACCUCAAGUCUGUAUUAAGAAAAAGCACACUUUGCAGAUGAGAAUACAAUACUUUCUGCCACCAUUCCUGCACAGAGUGGAGUCUCACUGUCUGUCACUCAAACAUAGCCUAGUGUGUGGCAGGCUGACUAUAAGGAAGAGCUCAGGAUAUGGUGUACCUCUGUGUCUCUCAUGAGUAAUGUGCAUCAAUUUUAUUUUUUUUUUAUUCCUGCAUUAAAUACUUGAGCAACACCCAAAAAUUUAUUCUGGUCCAACCCUGAUUCCUUCCCUCCUUAUCCUUUUGUAUUACCAUGGUGUAGUUAUUUUUAUCUUGGUAACAUUUUUUAUUAUUACACAUAAUGCCAAGAUAUGGGAAUUUAAAUAUUUUCUCUAUCUGUAGUGUACCUAACUGAGAUUCCCCUUAAAGAAGGGCAACUAUAUUCUCUUAUUUCAUUGGAGGUGUCAGAAAGGGACAAGGUCAUAAUGUGACAACUUGAGUCAGACUCUGAGAAAGCAUUUUGCUCAGGGUAUCUUAAUAUCAAAGGUAGUAUAGAGUGGAUAAAUUGAAGGAUACAUGAGGACAGUAGGGAUGAGAACAUUAUUACAAGAGAAAUUAGUAUGUGAAUUUGAGACUGGGAAAGUAAGCUCAAGGGAUUUGUGACAAAAAAUUUUUGAGUCUGAAAGUAUUAGAAGGAAAACUGAGGAAUGAAUAAGAGAAUGCUGAAUGGGAAAGCAGACUUAGAUGAGAACCUUCCAAUCACAACAGCCCAUUUAAAGGGAAGUCAUGGGGUUCAAGGUAAUAGAAUCAUUUAAGUUUCUUAAACUGCUGAGCAUAAAAAGUGCAAUUGAGAUGCUGGGUUUCACAUUUUGUUGUAUAUGUAAGGUGAGAGACUUGGGGAUGCAAUGCUUUACCAAAAUUGCUAUCUUUUUUUAUCACCCACAGAAGGAAAUGAAGCAAGUCUGAACAUCAGUUUCCGAAAUUAAACUUUUUUUUUUUUUAUGCACUGGAGUUUUUCAUCCACUGUGGAUCCACUUUAAACAUUUAGUUGUGAGAUCAAAUUUAGUGAAUAGAGAGUGUUGAGAAUUUAUCAUCCAGACUUGUAUUUUAAAGAUUAUCAAGGAAGAUGAUAUGCUUGUGUAUAGUUUUAGCACAAAUACCUACAGUACUGUACCUUGUGCCCAAAAAUUGGUGGGAUUGUCAUAAUAUUUAGCAUAUCAGGUACUUUAGGUCAUGGGUUACCUAUUGGUGCAAUUUAUUUUUGCUGAUUACUGUUUUUUAAAGUUCCUUGGCCUUAUUCUACUAAACAGUAAAGGAUUUAUUUGAAGCAUCGAAAAGAAUAUGUUUCCGAGUCUUUUUAGUUUCCUUGCUGUUGGCAGAUAGGUGCUUAUGAUGUAAUAUGCUAUGUGUCUCUUCUCAGCUUCAUCAAGGUGAAGUGUCCAGCAAUGCCAACAAUGCAAAUAUGAAUAGUGUGUAUGUAUUGUAGACAAUGACUAGGUUAUUUCAGCAUGCAAAGUGAUAACCUGUCACUUGUUUCAGAAUGUUUAUACAUAUAAUUCAAGAAAUUUCUUAUUUGUAGACUGAAUAAUUAAGCACAUCAUUUAACAUACAGUAUAGUUAUUACUAUUUUUCAUAUGUAAAUAAAUGUUAUUAUAAA